UAAAUUUGCAUAUUUGAAAGGCUGGAACACCGGUUGGUAUAUAAAGAAAGUCAUGCCCCCAAAAAAGAUGCAUUUACAGUGUAGCGUCUGAACGAGCAGGUUGUCUCCCCCUUGACACCACUCAGCCACCAUGAAGAUGUGUGUAUUGUUGCUGCUGCUGGCCCUGAGUGGCCGCACUAUGGCAGAUGGUGCUGGUCACCAUCACCACGACCAUGGAGGACCACCACCAGACCAGUAUGCACCACCACCAGAUCAGUAUGGCCCACCACCAGUUCCUCCACCAGCCGAGUAUGGGCCACCACCAGCUCAGUACGGUCCACCACCAGCUCCUCCACCAGCACAGUAUGGGCCACCACCAGCCCAGUAUGGCCCACCACCACCCCAAUAUGGCCCUCCGGUCAUUAUUAUAAGAGAACCCAUUGAAAGCGGAGGCAAAGGCGGCAAAGGCGGCAAAGGUGGCUUGGGUUUUCUACCCUUACCCGACUUUAGCUUCUUCAAGGAGACUAAGGAUGCCGCUGGCAAGAAACUCAAGGGUGCCCUUGAUACUGUGGUCAGCGCCUUUGGCACACUCGACAAGAAGAUGAAAUCCUUGCAGACCCGGGCGAUGGGCACUGUUCUCAAGCAUUUUAAGGACAAGUUCAAUAAAGGAAAGGGCAGCGCUCCAGCCCCUGAACCAGUAUAUGGCCCUCCUCCUCCAAGUUAUGGUCCUCCUCCUCCAAGUUAUGGUCCUCCUCCUCCAAGCUACGGUCCACCCCCUCCACCACCAAGCUAUGGCCCUCCCCCACCAAGUUAUGGCCCUCCUCCUCUCCCUCCCCAAGACAGCUAUGGAGCUCCACCUACCGGCUAUGCAGCACCUUUCGGGGACACCACCGGAGGGCAUCACCAUGGAGGACCCACAGGUACCCGGGAACUUCCAGACGCCUAUGGUGCUCCCAAACCUAAUGACAUUAUAAUUGGCGGUGGAUAUGACAGCCCGACUGGAAGUCUUCCUGCACCGACUGGACAUCAUCCUGUACCGACCGGACAUCAUUCUGCACCGACUGAACAUCAUCCUGCCCCGACUGCACCCCGCCAUGCCCCGACUGGACCUCAGGGUUUCCCGACUGGUUCUGACAGUGGUUCAGAGGCAUCCAGCUACGUUUCUUACGACCCAUCAGGCCCUCAGAAAUAGAAGAGCUGAGGUGUGUGCACUUACGACUAACACAUCAGCUAGUGCUCAGAACUUGCAUGGUUUUGUUGUAGCCUAGCACCUGGACUGCUGUUAGGUUGCAGCCUAGCUCCUGGCCUAAUGCUAGGCUGUAAUCCUGCCUCCAUGCCCGUGAUACCAUGGCCAAAACCUCGGCAUUAUCGCCAAGUGACCAAUUGUAAUUUUUUCUCUAGAAUAUUUUUAAUGUCCAUGCUCUGUAUUCAGGAAUUAAAAUUUUUUGAGAUGUUUCUCCCCAACUGAUCUUGAGAUCAUGAAUAUUAUAUUUAUGGAGAAGCUGUAAACCCCAGAGUUUGAUACAGCAUCUUCAGGAAUCACAUACUGCACUCUCAUUGUUUCUCGACCUUUAAAAUGUUUGAGAAAGCAAUGUAUUCUAAUUAAUGUUAUAUUCAUAGGGAAGCACUAAACCCAUGGAGGGUCAUAUAGUGCCUGGGGAAUGGGAGGUAAUCAGGUUUGGUUCAGUUCCUUGGAUUAAGAGCCCUUCAACAUCAAGGUGCCUCCCCCUUGAUGAGUUAUUACUGUUAUAUCGAAGUUGUUCUUUAUGCAUCUUGAGGAAAACAAUCUACAGUCAGUCAUCUUUUAGUUAUUACUAUAUUAUGGGGAGGUGCUAAACCCACAGGGAUCAUACAACCCUUUGGGAAUGGAAGGGAAGGGUAAUACCUAAUUCCUUGAAUCAGGAGCCCUUCACUAGCUUAUGGGCACUUCCCUUGAAAGGUAUGAGAUGCAGAAUCGAGAACAUAACACUGUACAGUAGCUCAUUUGUAAAUUGUUAUCACCGAAAUCAUCCCUGAAGCAUUUUCAGAGUAUAAAAAUAGAACAGGUAUUAGCCGUCUCAAAUGCCAUACUGAAAAAAAUAUGUACAUAUGUUUUGUUUGACUAACACUUUCCUUUUCAAUUUCUUGGUAUUUUAGGCUAAGGAAUAUGACUGUGAAUAGAGAAACUAUCCAAUGCACAUAAAUUAACUUAUAAAUGAAAGAAUCUCAAUCUGCAAGUUCUAUUCAUUUGGCAUUGUUAUAGAAAUAGUAACAGAACCAGUAUUACAUUUAAGAAACUAAAGAAUUCACAAGGUAACUAUCAUUCUUAUAUCUGCACAAUAACUGUUCAUAUUAAUGUACCAGAGUACAUCCACCUGUUAUUAAGACUAUUCACCUUUUCUAGCAUUAGUUAGUUUGUUGUAAAUGGCUUAGACCUCCAUUUCAAGAGAAAGUUAUAUGUUGUAAAUGGCUCAGACCUUUGAAUAUAAAAUUUACUGUAUUAUAUAUAACAUUAGUAUUCUUUGGGAAGUGCUAGACCUUGAGGGGUCACAGUACGUGGGGAAUGGGAGGUAAACAGGUUGGAUCCAUCUUCAAGAGGAGACUGGAUUACUACCUCUGCCAAGUGCCAGAUCAACCAGUUUGUGAUAGCUAUGUGGGCCAGCAGGCAGCUAAAAGGAACAGCUUGGUUGAACAGGCAAUCAAGGAUGCUUGUCCAAAGGUCAGGCUGGUAGGUUAGAAAAGCCCUCAAAAUCAGUCGGAUAUAUAACAAGGAAGGGAGAGUAGCUCCACUAAAAGUUAUAUGUUGUAAAUGGUUCAAACUUUCAUUUCAAGAGAGAACAGUGUUAAAUAUUUAUCAAUCACUGGGUGUUUUAGGACAAACUAGACCAAAUUCUUAAAAAAAGCUUCAAUUGAUAACAAAAUAUACUGUAUAUAUUCAUGGGGAAGCACUAAACCUGUGUGAAGGGUUAUAUAUUACAAUCGGGAAGUGCUAGACCCAUUUGGGCCAUAUGUCUCCUGAUGAAUGGGAUGUAAUCAGGUUUGAUCUGAGUGUAGCUCAAAUCCCUUGGAUAAAGUCCCCCAUUAAAGAGAACUUUACACAUGAUAAUGAAUAUUUGAACUACUUACAAGGGCCCAUGCAGUUGAAAUAUUUAAUGGAAUUCAGAUGUUUCAAUACCAAAGACAUUACUGGAGAACUGAUCUUCCCUCCAACCAUCAACAUGAAGAGCUAGGCAUCACUAACUCUCCAGCAUUUCUAUCCUGCUUAAGGAUAUCCAUGGAAAUAAAAAUAAUCUCAGGGAAGCAUUUUUCAGUAAUUUUUUCUGGAAGGGGUUAAUACUAUGUGUUGGCCUCUUGUUAUUAGAUAACACUGCCCAUCUGGCAACCACUAGUAAACUUAUGUCUU